AUGGAAUCGGCGAAAGUUGCGUUCACGCAGACGGCUACUAAAGAAUGUUCCCAAUCGCUCCGACCCACUACGUCCUCACGGACGAGUAGAUAUUCUUCGUCGAAACGCGUAACGCCCGGCCACAAGGCUAUCGCACCCGGUCUACAGAGUUAUGCCGCUAAGCCAGAACCGGCUUACUUACCAGCGGGAUGGUCGGUCCACACGCAUCCCGAAGGACAGGUCUAUUUCUCCUACGAGUCAGAGAUCAGCGUCGUCACCGAAGCGGACCUCUACUCUCACGAGGUACAAGAGAAGAUAGCUCACUGGGUGGCCGUGGUCAACAGUGUUCUUGUCGAACGGAAGACCCACGUCCCCAGGACGGCUGAGCUUUUCCUGGAACUGGACAGCACCGGCGACUCUUGCUUCUAUUACCUGGUCGACCAUACUGCCCGCGUUGAGUUUUGGUUGCAGGAGAUCACCACAGAUCUCCAGGUUCUACUGGAUCUCCCUGAAUCAGUGUCGGACUCCCAUAUGAGACUCGCGCUGGAGGAGUUAUAUUGGACCCAUGUUGAAUAUUUUCCCUCCCAUCAUUCGAAGCCCUUGGAUCUGUCUGCCGACCAAUUGGCCGGUGUCUUUAUACAUGCACGAACGGAUCAAAUGACAUCGGAUUUCUCGACGUUUCCUUAUGACGCAGGUCAAUGCACAUGUUUCCUGGAUUCCAUACGCUCUGCACAAGCUUGUAUCCUUAGUCCACAUUCUGUCUGUGUUAUUGCCCGGCUUUGGGUUGUUGUCGCUCAUCAUAGAUUCAUCACACACUUCGGCCAAAAGACUGCACGGUUGUCUCGCGACCAAUCGAUACUCGAUACCCCACCAACCCGGCGAGGUUGGCUAUUUGCGCUCUGUUCCCGCAUCCUCUUCAGUAUUCCGGCUGCAUACGCGGAACAACUUGACCUUCUGUAUCUCGACAACUUGGUGUAUGUGAGCCAGUGGCGAGAUGCUAUGGCCGCAUAUCGCGCCGAGUGGAAGCUGUUCGUGUCAUGGGCGCUGGCCUUGAUGAUGAUCAACACAGUGUCCCUGGUUUCACCGUACGGUUCUUGCGUUAUCGCCUGUGUGUCUAUCGCGCUGUGUUACAUCGCAAUACUGUGUGCCGUCUUCCUUCUCGUGCGGCUACAUGGUGCCGCGAUGUACAUAGCUUCGGACGCGGCGACGUAUCUCGAUGACACCCGCAGGGAACGCAUUGGCUUCCAGGCCAUCGCGCUCAUUUACAGCAUGCCGAAGGCCCUCUUUUUGUGGGCGCUCGGUGUCUCGUCGCUACAAGGCCUGGUAUGGGUCAAGGAUGCCACUGGUAUCUACGUCGCGCUCGCUGUCGUGGGCUUCCUUGGCGUGUGCGCAUUGCUUGCUCGGACUGUUCCCCUACUGCGACAGCUGUGGGAGGGCUUCUCGAGAAUUCUUCCGUGCCGUGGACGUGCUUCGGGCACGGAGCGGUGCGAAGUGUAG